AAAAAACAACUUCACAUGAGACACGUUUACAGGAAAGUAGGAGAGAAGGGCCGAGUUGUCUAUACGUUCCUGGCCGAGUUUACCCGAAGAGAUGAGAGUCGUGUAAAAUCGCCAGCGGUAAGCGUUUGUCGUGCGUUGCCGACACAUGCUGCCAGUUUGAGUCUAUCACAGAGCGGGUGUGCAUAUUGCGGUGACAUGGCUACCAGCAUUUCGGAGGAGCUCGAGGAAAUUGAUCGAAAACAAAAUACUGAGGUAGCCACUACCGGUGAAUUCUCGCCUGAAUACUUAAUCAAGCAUCCGUUGCAAAAUACCUGGACCUUAUGGUAUUACGAACCAGACAGGAAUAAAACAUGGGAGGAGAGCCAGCGUGAGAUCACGAGUUUUGAUACGGCGGAAGACUUCUGGAGCUUGUACAAUCAUAUUAAAACUGCCUCCGAGUUGAGGCAAGGAUGUGACUAUAGCAUGUUUAAGCAAGGAAUUCGACCUAUGUGGGAAGACAAUCAAAAUAAAUCCGGAGGAAGAUGGUUAAUAAAUUUAGAAAAGAAGCAAAGAGCCACGGAUUUAGAUAAUUUUUGGUUAGAAAUUUUGCUUUGUAUGAUUGGAGAAGCAUUUGAUGAAUAUUCUGAUGACGUUUGCGGGGCUGUGGUAAAUGUCAGGCCAAAAGGUGACAAACUUGGUGUUUGGACAUCGAAUGCAGAAUCUGCGGAUAGUGUUAUGGAAAUAGGUCGCAAAUUGAAAGAAAGAUUAAAAAUUACAUCUAAAACAACUAUGGGAUAUCAAGUACAUAAGGACACUAUGGUUAAAACUGGAAGUCAAACAAAAAAUACUUAUACAUUAUAAACACCGCUAAAUUAUUAUUGAUAUCAUAUUUACAUUGUUCUCAUUAA